AUUAAAAAUGUGUUGUACCACCAAAUGGUGGCAUGAUGGGUACUAUACCACCAAUUUGGUUGUUAUAAAAUGCAUUAAACAGGUAAUUUGUUAAGUGUUCAAAGCAUGCAUAAAUAGGCUACAAUAUUGUAGAGUUGAGUAAUGUAAAAGUUAAGAAUAUUUCGUGAUAGCCCUACUCCACAAAGCACUGAAUAUUGAGGAAAGUUACUCUUAAAUCUGUCUCAUUAACAAUAAGUGGCGUGUAACAGGUAGGGCUCCUGUAUUGGAAGUGGAGCAUAGGGGGCGGUACAGCUCAUGGGGAGGGGGUACCGGGGUACCUGUCGAACCACAGAAUAAGAAUAUCUCGACUCCUGAGCGUCCGCCGAAGAAGGAACACGCUCUUCAAAGUUUGGCUCUCCAUCAUGGCUCCUAAAACAGGUCGUCGAGGGACCAAACGCAAGGCCGAUGCGGUUCAGGAGGAGGAGGAGAAAGUUGCGGUGGAGCUGAAGGAAUCAAAGGAGGAGGUGAAGGAUAACGAUUCGGGGGGUCGUAGAGUCAUCAUUGAGCACUGCAAGAGUUGACGAGUGUACGGGCGUCAUGCCGAGGGGGUGAAGCAGGCCCUCCUGACGGUCCGUCCUGAACUCAACGUGGUCCUGAACCCAGAGAAACCUCGCAGGAAAAGCUUCGAGAUCACGCUGGUUGAGGGAGAGAGAGGUAAAGAGAGCAUCCUCUGGACGGGGAUCAAGAAGGGCCCUCCAGCAAGGCUGAAGUUCCCCGAGCCGGCUGUGGUGGUGGCGGCCCUGGAAGAGGCCCUGGAUGAGGCCCUAGAAGAGGCCCCGGAAGAGGCCGUGAAGACAGAGUAGAGCCCCCCCUAGUGGAGCCCAAUAUUCCGGCUGCGUUGUCUUUGGAAGCCAAAUGAAGAGGAUGGACCAACGGGCGAUGCCCAGUCCCUCCUCUGAUGAGAGUGCUCCGAGGACUACCAGACAUGGAUAUAUGGUGACCUCUAGUGGUGUAUCUCUGUUACACCAUCUCCUUGGAUGAUCCUGCUGUUUUCCCUGCAUAAUGUUUUCGUGUUUUUUUUUCAAUGUUUUUAUGAUUGUCAUUGAUAAAUAAAGUUGUUUUUCUACA